AAAUAAAGUCUUUCCCCAUAGAAAUCUCUAGGGUUUCACUCUCACUCGCUCUCCAACCAAAACAAAUACAAUAACAAAAUUUAUCAGAUUUGGCGGGAGUUCGAGAAAGUCUGAGAAAGUCGAAGAAAGUGUGCGAUUGAGGUUGAGAUAGGGAAAACGAAUUAUGGGGAAAGACGAGGAGGAGAUGAGAGGAGAGAUUGAGGAGAGGUUGAUCAACGAGGAGUACAAGAUAUGGAAGAAGAACACCCCUUUUCUGUACGAUCUGGUCAUUACCCAUGCCCUAGAAUGGCCUUCUCUAACCGUCGAAUGGCUGCCCGACCGAGAAGAGCCGCCGGGGAAGGACUACUCUGUUCAGAAGAUGAUUCUCGGCACUCAUACUUCUGAGAAUGAGCCCAAUUAUCUUAUGCUCGCUCAGGUCCAGCUUCCUUUAGAGGAUGCAGAAAAUGAUUCCCGCCAUUACGAGGAUGACCGCACCGAUGUCGGUGGAUUCGGCUCUACCAAUGGCAAGGUACAAAUAAUCCAGCAGAUAAAUCAUGAUGGAGAGGUUAAUCGAGCCCGCUACAUGCCUCAAAAUCCAUUUGUCAUCGCUACCAAGACAGUUAGUGCCGAAGUUUUCGUCUUUGAUUAUAGUAAGCAUCCAUCAAAGCCUCCAUUAGAUGGUGCGUGCAGUCCUGAUCUGAGGUUACGGGGGCAUAGCACUGAAGGAUAUGGGUUGUCUUGGAGUAAAUUUAAACAAGGUCAUUUACUGAGUGGUUCUGAUGAUGCUCAGAUAUGCUUGUGGGAUAUUAAUGCUACUCCUAAAAACAAGACCCUUGAGGCUAUGCAGAUUUUUAAGGUUCAUGAAGGUGUUGUUGAAGACGUUUCUUGGCAUUUAAGGCAUGAAUACUUAUUUGGUUCGGUUGGUGAUGAUCAGUACCUGCUCAUAUGGGAUCUUCGAACUCCAUCUGUUACCAAGCCUGUUCAAUCUGUAGUUGCUCAUCAAAGUGAGGUUAAUUGUUUAGCGUUUAAUCCCUUUAACGAAUGGGUUGUUGCAACUGGAUCAACCGACAAAACUGUUAAACUAUUUGAUCUACGCAAAAUCAGUACCACGCUUCACACUUUUGAUUGUCACAAGGAAGAGGUUUUCCAAGUUGGAUGGAAUCCUAAAAAUGAAACUAUCCUAGCUUCUUGUUGCCUUGGCCGGAGACUGAUGGUGUGGGAUCUUAGCAGAAUUGACGAGGAGCAGUCAAUAGAGGACCAAGAAGAUGGUCCGCCAGAAUUGCUUUUCAUUCAUGGUGGUCACACAAGUAAAAUAUCUGAUUUUUCGUGGAACCCAUGUGAAGAUUGGGUUAUUUCUAGUGUGGCUGAGGAUAAUAUUCUUCAGAUCUGGCAGAUGGCAGAGAACAUCUACCAUGAUGAAGACGAUUUACCAGAGGAAGCCACCAAGUCAUCUUAGAAAAAAAAAAGUCCCAUUUUAGGUUGGUGAAAUUGAGUAGUCAAAAAAAGAAAAAAGAAGAAUGAUUAGCAAAUGGCGGAUCUAGGGGUUUUCUUUAUUUGUCUUUGUAAUUUUUAUUUUUCUUUCCCUGACCCUUUCAUUCACCCUCUUACUAGUUAUAUCAUGAAUGUGAAAAAUGGUCUAAUGUUGCUUAGGCAGUAGUGAUACAAUGACUUGUACUGAUCCUUGUAUGUUUAUUAUAUGAGACUGUUGAUUUGAGCUUCUCCUAA